GUACGAACGCCGUCGCUUAACUCUGAUACUGCACGUUCACUUCCCUGCUGCAUUUUCAUCGAUCUCUGUUCAUUUACGCCGCCGCCGCCACAAACCACCGCGAUUCAGUAUACUGUCACCGGGAAAUUUACAUUCCCCCCUUAGCUCGUCCAUAUUCCGAUCGGUCCUCUGGUUUUGAACUGAGUAUACAUUGACAGAGUGUUCAAAAUCUAAGGAUUCGUAUCAGGUUGAGCUAUAAUCUAGGCGAUCUCGAUCUUAUAUGGCUUCUGAGGAUGUGAAGGCGAGCGAAUCAGCGGUGGAGAAAAUUGUGAGUCUCGCGGAAGAGGCGAAGUUAGCUAGACAAGAAAUCAGGCCUACAAGCCAUGCUGUUAUCAGUAUCUGCAAGUCACUCGUAGCUGGAGGUGUCGCCGGAGGCGUGUCACGAACUGCUGUGGCCCCACUGGAACGGCUAAAGAUAUUGCUCCAGGUUCAAAAUUCACAUAGCAUAAAAUACAAUGGGACCAUUUCAGGCUUAAAAUAUAUCUGGAGAACUGAGGGGUUCAAAGGACUGUUCAAGGGCAAUGGCACCAAUUGUGCACGUAUCGUCCCAAACUCAGCAGUCAAGUUCUUCAGCUAUGAGCAAGCUUCCAAGGGUAUACUAUAUCUUUACCAGCAACAAACUGGCAAUGAGGAUGCUCAGCUCACUCCCUUACUACGUCUUGGAGCUGGAGCUUGUGCUGGCAUAAUUGCCAUGUCUGCAACUUACCCAAUGGACAUGGUGCGGGGAAGAAUUACUGUGCAGACAGAGAAAUCUCCUUAUCAAUACAGAGGAAUGGUCCAUGCCCUAUCCACCAUACUCCGUGAGGAAGGUCCACGUGCUUUGUAUAAAGGAUGGCUUCCUUCUGUCAUAGGAGUUAUUCCAUAUGUGGGACUUAACUUUGCAGUUUACGAAUCUCUAAAAGAAUGGUUGGUCAAAACAAAACCACUUGGUCUAGUUGAUGAUUCUACUGAGCUUGGUGUUGUUACAAGGCUGGCAUGUGGGGCUGUGGCAGGGACUUUGGGGCAAACUGUUGCUUACCCUCUUGACGUUGUACGCAGAAGGAUGCAGAUGGUGGGUUGGAAAGAUGCUGCAUCCAUUGUUACUGGUGAUGGGAGGAGCAAGGCCUCCCUUGAAUAUUCUGGUAUGAUUGAUACUUUCAGGAAAACUGUGAGGUAUGAGGGCUUCAGCGCCUUGUACAAAGGUUUGGUGCCUAAUUCAGUGAAGGUCGUCCCUUCAAUAGCUAUUGCUUUUGUGACAUAUGAGCAAGUGAAGGACCUAUUGGGAGUUGAGAUCAGGAUAUCUGACUGAUGAAGACAAGCUCCAAUCGUUUUUCCCUGCAUAUGAUAAUUUUGCAGACAAGGAUAGAUAGAGUGAUAAUAACAUGGCGGGUUACACCGUCUAAACAGAGAAUUUACGCUUUUGUUCUAGCUUGUGACGACAAAUUUAGGAUUUUCUAGUGUGCUUAUAAUUUCCUUAUGUAUCUGUUUAUUGCUUAUUCAAUUGUCAAUAAGCAAAUUCUACAAGAA